AUGACUCGUUCAAGGAUAUACAGCCCGCCGGGAGGAGCCGGACUUUCCCCGCCGCUGAGCCAGACGCGGGUGGCCGGCAGGCGGCGCGGCGGCGGGGAACGACAGGCUCGUGGAGGCCGCGCCUCGCGGCCCCGAGUCCCGCGUCCCGGGAGCGCGAGAAGCCCGAGCGACAGCCGCCCCAGCGAAGUGGCGGUGGCCUUCCCCGACCCCGCGCCGCUAGGGUGCGGGCAGCCGAGAGCCCCGCGCACCGCCCGCUUGGACGCCACGAGGCUGACGGCGCGCAGGUUCGCGAAGCCCCGAAUCACCGGCCCUUGCGCGGGGCGAGGGAGGACGGCGAGGCCUGGGUGCGCGUGUCCUGCCACCCCGAGGAGGUCUCGUCCACUGUGCCGGACCAGGGGGAGGAGGCAGUGCGCCUGCUUCAAGGACUCGAGGCGCCAGGCCACCAAUGACGCGGGUGCCAUCGCGGGGCGCCACCCCCUGCGGAUCAUCAACAAGCCCACGGCGGCCGCCCUCGCCAACCGGCUGACCCGGGGCGCCAGAGAGCAAAAUGUGCUCAUUUUCGCCCUGGGUGGGAGCACCCUCGCCGUAAGGGUCCUCACUAUGGACGCCCGUGUCUUCCAGACGUCUGAGGCCUGGGUGCGGGAGGUCAGGGGGCACGUGGCGCUCUCACAGGCCAACUGUGAGAGUUCCCUGUUGGGGGGCGUGGGCUUCUACACGUCCAUCACUCGAGCCUGCUUCGAGGAGCUGAGCUUGGUUGUUUUGCGCAGCGCCUUGGACUGGGUGGAGAAGGCCCUGCGGGAUGCCAAGCUGGAGAAGGGGAUGCAUGACAUUGUCCUAGGACGGGACUUCUUUGGGGGCAGGGAGCUGAACAAGAGCAUGAACCCCGAUGAGGCUGGCUAUGGGGCUGCUGCGUAGGUGGCUGUGUUGAUGGGGGAUGAGUGUGAGAAAGUGCAGGAUCUCCUGCUGCUGGACAUGGCUCCCCCGUCCCUGGGGCUGGAGACAGCAGGUGGGGUGAUGACCACGCUGAUCCAGAAGAAUGCCACCAUCCCUAUCCAACGGACCCAGACUUUCACCACCUACUCAGACAACCAGCCUGGGGUCCUGACCCAGGUGUCUGAGAGUGAGGGGGCCAUUAACAGGGACAAUCAUCUGCUGGGGCACUUUGAGCUCAUAGGAAUCCCUCCUACAGCACAUGGAGUUCCCCAGAUCAAGGAGACCUUUGACAUUGAUGCCAAUGGCAUCCUGAGUGUGCAGCUCAGGAGCCCAGAGAAGGCUAACAAGAUCACCAUCACCAACGACAAGGGCCGGCUGAGCAAAGAGGACGUUGAGAGGAUGGUUUGGGAGGCUGAGCAGCACAAGGCUGAGGAUGAGGCCCAGAGGGACAGAGUGGUUGCCCAGAACUCCCUAGAGGCCAGUGUCUUCCAUGCGAAGGGCUCGGGGCAGGAGGAAAGCCUUAGAGACAAGAUUUCCAAAGAGGACAGGCACAGGGUACAAGACAAGCGUCAGGGAGUUCUUGCCUGGCUGGAGCACAACCAGUUGGCAGAGAAGGAGGAGUAUGAGCAUCAGAAGAGGGAGCUGGAGCAAAUCUGUCACCUCUAUUUAUUUGAGAGAGAGAGAAUGAGAGACAGAGAGCAUGAGAGGGAGGAGGGUCAGAGGGAGAAGCAGACUCCCUGCCGAGCAGAGAGCCCGAUGCGGGACUCGAUCCAGGGACUCCAGGAUCAUGACCUGAGCCGAAGGCAGUCGCUCAACCAACUGAGCCACCCAGGUGCCCCUGUCACCUCACCUUCUCCAGGCCUCUGGAGGGCCUCGUGUCCCUGGGGGUGGUCGUUGUGGAGCUGAAGCUGGCCAGGGAACCCCCAGUAGAGCCCUGAGGUGGAUGGAAUGGCCCCUUCUGACAAGUCCUCUGUGACAUAAGGGCUGGGCUUGUGCGCCUUCUAGACUGUCUUCUGUGAUCUGGCUGUGAACCCCAGGAAUGGGGGUAGAGGGGAAUCUUCCACCCAAACCAGGAGCUUUCUUCGCAGUGUGUUGUAUAAUUGAGGUCUGUGUCAUUUCACUCUAAAAAAUCCCCUUCUCCCAUUUCAGACAGGCAGAAGUAUUUAUUAUUAUUAUUAUUAUUAUUAUUAUUAUUAAAUAUAUUAUUUAUUUAUGAGAGAGAGAGAAAGAGCAUGAGCCAGGGGAGGGGCAGAGGGAGAGGGAGAAGCAGGCUCCCCACUGAGCAGGGAGCCCCACACAGGGCUCAGUCCCAGGACUCUGAGAUCAUGACCUGAGCCAAGGGCAGAUGCUCAACUGACUGAGCCACCCAGGCGCCCCCAGAAGUAAUUAUUAUUAACAUUUGUGUGGCACUUCAACAUCGCUUUUACCUACUUUUUUUUUGUUACUUGCAUGUAUGGAUUUUGUUAAUAUAUGUGGAUUUUGUGAAAUACAGAUCUAAAUAAACU